GGCUUCGCAAUUGAGAUGGAAGAGACUGCUGGGUCAACGCAUCGCCUGAGAAGCGCAAUGAACUCAUCUAUUUUCUCUCCUUUCAGCACAUCCCACCUGCUUGCUUCGUCGCCAGUAUGCUCAAGACACUUCUCGUCCUGGCCCUCUCGGCCACGGCCCUUGCGGCUGACGCUUUCCCCGUCUUCAACAAGCGACUGACAGUCCCGAUCCCGUGCAGCGAGUCCGGGCGCAAGGCGUGCGGCGACGGCUGCAUCUACUUGACGUACACGUGCUGCCCAGACCAGCAGGGCGGGUGCCCCUUGAGCUCGACGUGUUGGCUCGGCACCAACGGCGCGUACGGGUGUUGCCCGACCGGCCGGCGCUGCAGGGGCCCGGGCGGGGUCGAUACGCUGCCCGGGAGCACGUUGACCUCCACCAUCUUCUUCACAGAGUCAGUGCCGGCCGACGAGACUUCCACGUCCUUCUUCGUCUCAACGUCCACGCCGGUGUUCGCAUUCACUUCCGAGGUAGAGAGCACCUCAACAGAGACUCCAUUCCUACCGAAGUCGACCACUUCCACAUCCGUUGCGCCAAUCACCAAUACUCGAACGACGUCGCUCGUAGCACCCACGGCUAUUCCGAGAAUUACACCCACUGAAGCACCCCCGGUGCCGGCCAACGGCGCAACCAGCCGCAGCGGACCACUCCUCCGAGCCGUAGCAGCCGGUGCCGUGGCUUUGCUCGUGAUAUGAUGUGGGUGGUAGAACAGGAUACAGAGUAAGGAUUGGGAGGAGUUGACGAGUGGUUGCCGGAGGCUUCUGCUGGAACAUCAAAAUCAGGAAAGGGAAACCGGAAGGCGAUUAAAGGUAGCUCUAUGUAUCAUGUACAGUGUUCUGCGGGUUGUAGGGGCAAGUUGCAUAGCCAAAACGUAAUGGAAACCGAGUCUGUCAGGUUGUUCCUCGUCUACCCCAUUAUUGGCGGU